GUGAAUUAUGAAUAGUUAUAAUUAUUUCCCUGGAAUAAUCCCGGGCAUGACUGUGUCUCUUAUCUCGAUCUAUUACCUGGAGAUGAUUAUUACUGAAUAUCCGGGUUGUUUGUAAAGGACGCUGGCCGUGAUUGGGCUGGGCCACUGUGAUGGAUGCAUAGGGUCCCCUAGGGAAGGACGAUAUCUGAAUAUCCGGAUGCCCAGAUAUCCUCUUCCUAAGUGUUACGGAAGGGUUUCCGGAUCACAAUCAUUCCACAAAUAUCAAUUAGAAAGAGAACAAUCGUUGUAAAAUCCCUAAGCGGUGACGAGAACGCCUGGGAAAUUAAUGAUGAAGAAGUCCGAGGUCAACUACGAGCUAUACCUCGUCACAGACUCCACCGAGAAGAUUCUCGGAAGCAGAGAUCUAGUAGAAAUCGUGCGAAAAGCCGUGGAAGGAGGAGUCACGAUCGUCCAAUACCGCGACAAAGACAGCGACGCCGCUGUGCAAGUCGCCAAUGCAAAGAAAUUACUAAAAGUCACCCAGGCCCAUGGCAUCCCCCUCCUCAUCAAUGACCGAAUCGACGUCGCCCUUGCCGCUGGCGCCGACGGCGUCCAUAUUGGACAAGAUGACAUCGACCUACCGACCGCGCGGAAAAUGCUCGGCGACGACGCCAUCAUCGGCGUGACCGCGUGCAGUGUGGAAGAGGCGCUGACGGCCGCCCGCCAGGGAGCGGACUAUGUUGGCGUCGGGACGGUCUAUGCCACGCCGACGAAAGAGAAUGCGAAAUCCAUCAUCGGUGUGGCGGGGACGAGAGAGGUCUUGCGCGCAUUGCACCAAGAAAACAGGGAGGUGAAGGCUGUUUGCAUUGGCGGUAUCAAUCUGUCGAACGUCGAACGCGUGAACUUCCAGCUAUCGGUCUUAGACAGCACACGUUUGGAUGGAGUAGCAGUUGUCAGUGCAAUCAUCGCCGCCGCGGACCCCAAAGUGGCCGCCAAACAGUUCCGGCAUUCGCUUGCCCACCCCCCUCCAUUCAUCGGCGCUCUAACCCAAACAAACAUCCUCGACGCCCUCUCCCAGCAGACGCCAUUCCUCUCCGUGAUCGAGCGCGUGGCCACGCAAAACCCCCUCUGCCACAACAUGACCAACACCGUGGUCCAGAACUUCGCCGCCAACGUUGCCAUCGCCAUCGGCGGCAGCCCGAUCAUGUCGACCCAAGCCGCGGAAGCCGUCGACCUGGCACGGCUGGGCGGGUCGCUGGUCGUCAACAUGGGGACGGUCACUCCGGAAAGCAUCGCGGCGUACAUCACGGCGGCGCAGGCGUACAACGCAGUGGGCGGGCCAGUGGUCUUUGAUCCGGUAGGGGCAGGCGCCACGGGGCUGCGGAGGGCGACGGUGAAGAAGCUGAUGAACGAGGCGUACUUUGACCUGAUUAAAGGGAACGAGGGGGAGAUCACCACGGUGUACGGCGUGACGGACGUGCAGCAACGCGGCGUCGACAGCGGGGUCAGCACGUCCACCCUCGAGGAAAAGGCACGCCUGGUCCGGGAUCUGGCGUUGCGGGAAGGCUGCGUGGUCCUCAUGACCGGCAAGACCGACGUGAUCAGCGACGGUCGGCGAACCUUCACGAUUGAGAAUGGUCAUGAGUUCCUAGGGAGCAUCACGGGCAGCGGAUGCACGCUCGGGACAACCAUCGCGGCGUGUCUAGCUGUCGCAAAGGAGGAUAAGCUGCUCGCUGCGAUGGCCGGCGUUCUGUUCUUCGAGAUCGCGGCCGAGGUGGCAGCCGCCAAACCGGGCGUUGUGGGGCCUGGGACUUUUGGCAUUGCGUUCCUCGACAGUCUGUAUGCGCUGCGGAACGUCGCGGUCCAGCGGUCCAAGGACGGGGUGUUUUUGGCGAGGGCGAAGGUCAACGUGGUGAACUUUGAUUGAGCGAGCAUGAGUUCCAGCUUUUGAAUAUCAGCCUUGGAUAUGCUGAAGAUUGGAGAUUGUUUGUGGAGUUUAAUGAGUGAAAGGGGCGUAAGACGGUUCACUGUCGCCAUGAAAAUCACAUAGCACUCGGGAGGACUAGAUGGGAGUAACAGCGGAGGAAAACUUAGAGAGUGAACACUGACCUGAUGUAGCGAAUAUCGUCUCGGCUGCUUUUGUUCAAAGGGUGAAACCAAGCCUGAGGCAGCAAGAGUCUAAACGCACUUCAUCCUACACAUUUUGCUUGACUACCU